AUGGAAUCUGUCCGACAUCGUCUAAAUCCCCGUGUACAUUCUUACCUCAUACGGGGAUGCUCAUUAGCCUUGCAAGUGUGGCUUUAUGAGUGUUGCUCGACCGUCAGCACGGAGCUUGCUAUGAGGUGUUCUGACUCAAUACCUCGCAUUUUAAGAUGGUCAGCUAAUAAGGGCCAGAUUCGGUUAACUGCAUUUGAAGAGAAGAUGAUCAAGCCUGAGUGGGUUAAGUUCACAAGCAUGCAUGAAUCUGAAGAAGAGAUUGGAGUGUUUACUCUGCCAGACAAGAUUCAGUAUGAAGAUGAACAUGGUGCUCAAUCAUCACAGGUUCCAAUUGCUGGUUCUCCAACAUUUGAACCCAAGCAUACAGAUGGUCAAAAGGACACUGAAUCUGUGCUAGCAAGCUCAGGAAGCUGGAAAAGGGGAUUGAGAAGGAAGGCUGUAUUUGAGGAACUCUCAAGCCUUCGAGAGUUCAUAGAUGAUUCCGUGAAGAGUGUUAUGAAAUUCAAAUCAGGUGGUGAUCAAGUGCAUGCAAGCACAAGCAAUACAGCUACAGUUUCUCCACAACAUGUUGAUGGAAAAUUAGAUGAUUCUAGGAAGGCUGUAUUUGAGGAACUCUCAAGCCUUCGAGAGUUCAUAGAUGAUUCCGUGAAGAGUGUUAUGAAAUUCAAAUCAGGUGGUGAUCAAGUGCAUGCAAGCACAAGCAAUACAGUUGCAGUUUCUCCAAAACAUGUUCAAGCACAUGUUGACUUAUAUCCUGAUUUUCAAGGAGCAGCUGGGGCAGAUAAAGCAGCUGAAGUUUCAACAGAACAUUUGCAAGCACAUGUUGAGGAAGAACCAGAAUUUGAAGAAGUAGCUGAGGUACAACAAGCAGAAGCUGAAGUUUCUCCUGAAAGUGUGCCAGCACUUGUUGAGGAAGAACCAGAAUUUCAGGAAGGAGCUGAGGUAGAAAAAGCAGAUAUUGAAGAUAACAUUGCACAGUCCCCAAUUCACGGUGUGACUGUAGCAGCUCGGACAGAACAAAUGAUUGAGAAUCCGGUAAAUGAAAGUGAAGAUGGAGAACAUGUGAAUGAAGUUGUUCCUGAAGUUUCAGGCAUUGACAAGAAGGGUGUGACAUUGGAUGACUUUGAGUUGCCAGACAACUUAACACAAUUGGUUAUGUGUGGCGAGCCCAUACCGGAUGAAGCAACCCCUAUUCAUCCGAUAAGAACCAGGCAACCGUGGAAACAUGCACGAUCACCUUUCACACCUCUAUAUAGUUCUGGAGGCAGCAGCUCUGUUGGACGUAAAUUUUUCUACCUCAAGCACCCCUUCACAACUGUUAUAGGUGAAAAUGUAGAUGCUGAUUUGAUAGACAGGUUCACCACCUGGUUAUACCAUCGUAGUGACAAAGUAUCUAAGAGGAGGAAGGAAUACUUUUCCAAAAAGGAUAACCAAAUCAAGCCUUGGUUAGACCUUGGUUGUGAAAAUGUGGAUAAGAAGGACUGGUUUUAUUCCCUUGCUCACCCAGGACAAGUCAUCAAUAACACG